AUGCUUCGGUUGAAUGUAUACUGUUCUAUAGUCCCGAGUCCUCGACAGGCUGAUGUGGGCAGUAGUUUCCGGUCGAUAAUUCGGUACGACAGAAAUCUAAUUUUAGCCGGGAGGAUUGCUGUCAGAGCCCUGAGAGAUGAGAUGGAUGGGGGCAAAAGUGGGGUGCCUGGUCGGAGCUGGGAUCCAGGGAUGGAAGUAGAGGUGCCAUUCGAACAAAGGCCGGUAAACGAAUACUCAUCUCUGAAAGAAGCAUCUCUAUACUCAUGGGCUGACUUGGGUCCAGGCUCUUUUUUCCUACGUCUUGGUGGACUCUGGUUGGUAACUUUCACUGUCCUAGGAGUGCCUAUUGCAGCAGCAAGUUUCAAUCCUACAAAGGAUCCUUUACGAUUCAUCUUAGCAGCCGGGACAGGAACUCUUUUUCUUGUUUCAUUAAUUGUCCUGAGGAUUUAUCUGGGAUGGAGUUAUGUUGGCGAUAGGCUUUUAUCAGCAGUCAUACCUUACGAAGAGACUGGAUGGUAUGAUGGACAAAUGUGGGUGAAGCCACCUGAGAUCCUGGCUCGCGAUAGAUUAUUGGGUUCAUUCAAGGUAAAACCAGUCAUCAAGUUGCUGAAGCAGACACUAGUUGGAACAGGAGCAUUGCUAGUUGCAACUGUUUCAUUAUUCAUAUUCGCCGCACCAGUUGAGGAUUUUAUCCAGAACACAUUUAUUAAGGAGAACCCAUCCAACGUUUCAUCAUCAAAGAUCAACACAAAGUUCAAUAUAAGGAAGGAGGAACUGUUGAGACUGCCGAGCAAUGUGAAAUCAGACGAUGAUCUAGCAGCAGCUGCAGCAGAGGCUGCGGAUGGAAGGCCAGUCUACUGCAGAGAUAGGUAUUAUCGUGCACUGGCCGGGGGACAAUACUGCAAAUGGGAGGAUUUACUUGAGUGA